AGUCGCGAUUCAAGCACUGUACUGGUUGUGUCUCUUGACUCAAAGCGGCAGAGCAGAUCUUGGUGAAGUGCUUAAGGAGGUUUAUAAAGCAGACGCCGCCUUUCCACUUCCAGGGCGAGUACAAGCAAGAUGCUCCGCCCACAAUUGUCUCGUGGCGGCGUCUCCCUCGCGCGCAUGGCUGCUGCAUCGACGCGGGCUUCGUCUUCGGCUUCGGCUUCUGCAACGCGUGUCUGUAAUGGAUUUCAAAAGACAGAGAGAAAAAUGUGCAUCGAGACAUCAAAGCUUAAUUUUGUCAACCCGUUAAGACAAGCAUCCACCUUUUCCAACGUGACAAAUAACUCCCAAGUAUUCGUAUCUGCAGCGGAACCAGAUGAUAAAGCCGCCAUGUUGAAGAUACACUGGGGGGACAGCAAGACGGACCUAUACCCUUUCAUAUGGCUUCGUGACAACUGCCAGUGUCCUCAGUGCUUCGAGAGCUCGAGCCGCUCCAGAAAAUUGCUUCUGCAAGACCUCUCGCGGGACGUUCACCCCAUCGCCGUGGAGGUACCGAAGGACGGCCGGAGUGUCUCUCUGAGCUGGUCUGACGGCCAUAGCUCCGUCUUCUCGUCCUCUUGGCUCCACCGCAGGGCCUUCAACAGCAGCAGUAGAAACCAGCGCCUCGGGGACAUUAAACUGAAAAAGAUCCUCUGGGAUGCUGCAAAAAUGAAAGACUUGCCUCAGGCCAACUUCUCCGACCUCCUGGCAAACGACAAGGCCCUCCUCAGGUUCCUGCAGGAGGUGGAGGAGCUCGGGCUGUGCAUCGUGAAGGAAGCUCCCACGAAGAGCGGCCAGCUCGAGCGUCUCACGAAGAGGAUUGGCCACCUGAAGAGAACGCAUUACGGUCUUACGUUCACGGUCAAAGUCAAGGCAAACGCUAACAACUUGGCCUACACUGAGAAAUCUCUCAACCUGCACGUCGACCAGCCUCACCUCGAGGACAAACCAGGGGUCCAGCUGCUACACUGCAUCAGCCAGUAUGAAGGCCACGGAGGAGACAACCUCUUGGUGGACUCCUUCUGCGUCGCCGAGAAGCUGCGAGAAGUGCACCCUGAGAAAUUCAAACUCCUCACAGACACUCUCGUCGACUUCUACGACAUCGGUGUGGAAGAUGGGAUAAAUUUCCAUGCUAUUAAUCAAGAACCAACUAUAAAUUUGGAAAUAAGUCGGUUUCAUAUCAGUCGUUUGGGAAUAACAGUCGGUUUACAUAUUCAGUUUAACAGUCGGUUUGUCCACACCUUGGGGUUUAAUCAGUCGCAUUCAGUCGGUUUACGUUUCCCAGUUUGGCAGAGCCCACCAGGGUCUGAUUCUUCAACAACCAUGCUAGUGCCAUUCGUGCAGGCGGACAGCGACGUGGGGCGCCUGGUGCGAUGCCAUGAUGAACUACCAUGA